GGGGCAGCACGUAACGUGCCGAUCGAGCGUGUUGGCCGUGACAAAAAGCAAGGCCAGCAGGGAGGAGAGUCUUGCCAAACGGAAGGGGGGAGAGGGCCGAGAGAGAGAGAGAGAGAGAGAGAGAGAGAGAGAGGAGUUGAGCAGCGGAAGGAGGACGGAGAAGGGGAGGAGAGGGCAGGGGAGGCGUGAGUCGGAAGAGGAGAGGGCGCGGCCAUGGUGAAGGAGAGAUUGACCCUGACGCUGGAGAGGUACCACCGCUUCUUCGUCGACCCCUACGCCACCCGCCUCACCACCGUCCACCUCAACAACAUCAUCUACAUGCAUGGUUUCGCCAGGCUCCACGGCAAGAAGUCCCAGAUCAUGGACCACAUGGUGGGGCAGGUCGACCUGCAGCCGCCGCGCCGCUCAACGCUGCACGGUAGCGCCGCGCUCGCGCCGCCCUCCGCCGCGCGGAUCGCCGCCGCACAGGCCUCGGCCGACGUCGACGCCAUCGGCUGGGCGGAGUGCCCCAUCGGCUGCGUCACCGCCUUCUCCGCCUUCGCUGACCCGCCGGACCCGGUGGAGCCCAUGCCCCCGCCCGCCCACCACAUGCUCGCGCUGGCGAUGCCCCUGCGCCGCCCACGCUCCAAGAGGACGCGCACCUCCCCUUACCAGCUCCCUGCCGCGUCCAACACGGCCAAGGUGAAGGAGGAGGCGGUCAUGGAAGAGGAGGGUGAGGAUAUGUCGUUGGCGACGCCGUCGCCGCCGCGAUGGAUGCGCUCCCCUACCCCGCCACCUCCGCCGCCGUCGCCCACGCCGCGGCCACAGACCGUGGUGCCUCCGCCACUAUGGAUGCGCUCCCCUACUCCGCCACCUCCGCCCCCGUCGCCCUCUCCGCGGCCGCAGACCGUGGUGCCUCCGCCUUCGCCGCCGUGCAGGGGCCAGCCUGAGUUGGAGCCGACCCUCUCUCGUCCACCAGGCUUCGGCUCGCCGCCGGAACCAUGCAGGAGCCGGCCUACGCUGGAGCGGAUCCUCCCCACACCACCACCACCAGGCUUCGGCCCGCCGCCGGAACCAUGCAGGAGCGGGCCUACGCUGGAGCCGAUCCUCCCAACACCACCACCACCAGGCUUCGGCCCGCCGCCGGAACCAUGCAGGAGCGGGCCUACGCUGGAGCCGAUCCUCCCAACACCACCACCACCAGGCUUCGGCCCGCCGCCGCAACCAUGCUGGAGCCGGCCUACGUUGGCGCCGCCUCCUACCCCACCACCAGGCUUCGGUUCGCGCCAGGUGGCGCCGCCUCCUCCGCACCUGUCCUGGGGCUUGCCGUUGCGACCGCCGUCGGGCCCAGGAGCGCCUACGUUCACGCAGCAUCUUCAGCCUGCAGGUCCGGCACCACUCUGGCGCUCGCCGAUGUCGCCGUCUUAUCCGGCACCGUGCUGGGGCGCGCCUUCUGGGCCGCCGCCGGCGCAAGCGCCUUGGCGCUGGCCACAUCCACCGCCGCGCUGGGCACCACCUCAUAUGCUGCGCCCGCCGCCGCCACCCUGGGACUGCAUGAGGCCGUUUGCACCUCCUAUGCCGCCGCAACACCCGCCGCAUUUUGAGAUGCAGCAUACGCCACCGGCACCGGGGGCGUGCUCGGGCAGGCAGGUGAUUUACUUCUAGGGACUGCUCUCGUAUCGCAUUUGCUGUUAUUGCUAAGCUUGACAGUUUUUGUUUUGACGGUAGCUAAGCUUGAGAGUUACUACUACACGGUGACGGGAAAAUUAGGGACAAGGUUAUCAAUUUACUGUUGGAGCUGCGAACUGUUUUUGCUCUGCUCCACCUUGCUGCUGCUAGUCUUGCCAUGCCAUUAUUGUGCCCAGAACCAUGAUCAGUGGGGAUAUUGGAAUGAUUCAUGCAUGUCUCAUGUUUACUUA